GCGGCGGAGCGGACAGCCGGCUCGGCACAGUGACUGACAGAGAGAAGGCAGCGUCUCUUUCCGUAGGACAGCUAACGGUUGGACUCUGAGGGAGAAAAAUAAACAACAACAACACCCUCCACUAUCUUAUCACAUUGUCACGACUGUAAUGCAACAGCUUCGAUAGACGACGGACACCGGCUGAAGUUGUGUGAGGACUAAUUUAACGUUCAUAAGCGGGCAGUUGGCUGGGAUGGGAAAUGAUGGAGGACAAAGGCCCUCGCGUAGCCGACUACUUUGUGGUGGCCGGCCUGACCGACCCGUCUAAGCCGUUGGACCAGGAGAUCCACUUUGAUGAUGUGUGCCACAAGACGGCCAAGCCGAAGGCGCCCAUUACCGAUGUGGCAGUGGUGAUCCGCUCAAUGGGUGAGGACGUGCCUCCAGGGUUCACAUGUAUUGAGACAACGCCAGCUGGCCAGUCAGCUGAUCUGAACAAUGGUGGCAUCAUGGCACCUCAGAUCUUCAUAUGUUACAGGCGAGGACGUGACAAGCCUCCACUCACUGACCUGGGCGUGCUGUACGAGUGGAAAGAACGUCUGAAGCAGGGCUGCCACCUCAUCCAGACCACACCCUCCGGCCGUCCAGCCAACAUCAGUGGUAAUUCCUCCCAACGCAUCUACAUCACCUACCGCAGGGCGCCCGAGAGCCAGCCGCACGCUGCCCUGGCCGUCACCGACAUCUGCAUCAUCAUCCCGAGCAAGGGGGAGACACCGCCGCACACCUUUUGCAAGGUGGAGAAGAAUCUCAACAGCAGCAUGUGGGGUUCCUCUGUUUACCUGUGUUACAAGAAGUCUGUGGCCAAAACCAACACAAUAGCCUACAAAGCAGGUUUAUUCAGCAGAUAUCCAGAGGAAGACUAUGAGUCAUUCCCAUUGCCAGAGUCUGUCCCUCUCUUCUGCCUCCCCAUGGGGGCCACAAUCGAGUGCUGGCCAGCAAACACCAACUACUCUCUCCCUGUUUUUUCCACCUUUGUCCUCACUGGAGCCUCUGGAGAGAAGGUUUAUGGAGCUGCCAUCCAGUUCUAUGAGCCCUUCCCACAGGAGUGCCUGACUGACCAGCAGCGCUCCCAGCUGGGUCUCCUGAACCCAGAACAACACAAAUCCUCUUCCCCCAUCACUACAACUGAUGCCACCAACAACAGCACCACUAACAGCACCACUAAUUCCCGCUCUGUCUACACCAACAAGUGUAUCUGCCUGCUCUCUCACUGGCCGUUCUUUGAUGCUUUUCGCAAGUUCCUCACAUUCCUCUAUCGCUACUCCAUCUCUGGCCCUCACGCCCUGCCCAUCGAGAAGCACAUCUGUCACUUUAUGCACAAAGUUCCCUUCCCUUCCUCCCAGAGGCCUCGCAUCUUGGUGCAGCUUUCGCCGCAUGACAGCCUGAUGUUGAGCCAGCCAGUGUCUUCUCCUUUGCCACUCAGCGGAGGUCGUUUUUCCACUCUGCUCCAGAACCUCGGACCAGAGAACGCUGUCACUUUGCUUGUGUUUGCUGUCACUGAACAUAAGAUCCUGGUCCACUCGUUACGUCCAGCAGUGCUGACCAGUGUCACUGAAGCUCUGGUGUCUAUGAUCUUCCCAUUCCACUGGCCGUGUCCUUAUAUUCCCCUGUGUCCCCUGGCGUUGGCUGAUGUUCUGAGUGCCCCCUGCCCGUUCAUCGUAGGAGUGGACUCGCGCUACUUUGAUCUGUAUGACCCUCCGCCAGAUGUGAGCUGCGUGGAUCUGGACACAAACACCAUCUUCCAUAAUGAAGAUAAGCGAGCUCUCACAUGGAAGAUCCUGCCAAAGAAAGCCUGUAAAAACCUGAUGAAUGUGCUGAGCAAUCUCUACCAGCAGCUGGUCGAUGGUCAGUACCGGCCUGAUGGCUUACUUGAGCUGAGCAUGAGCGAUUCUCCAGAGCUGAGCUGUGGAAAGAGUCUCCAUACGCUGGAGCUGGAGAUCCAGGAAGCUUUCCUGCGCUUUAUGGCAGCUAUUUUAAGGGGUUAUCGCUUGUUCCUGCGGCCGAUCACCCAAGCACCUUCAGAGAAAGCCACGGACGCUAGCUCGCUCUUUGACUUGCAAGGGUUCCUAAAGAGCCGGGACCGCUCACACCAGAAGUUUUACUCUUUGAUGACCAAGACCCAGAUGUUCAUUCGCUUCAUCGAGGAGUGCUCUUUUGUCAGCGACAAAGAUGCCAGCCUGGCCUUCUUCGACGACUGUGUGGACAAACUUUACAAUUCAGAACGGAGUGCAGACAAAGGAGGAAAGGUGGACAGUGACAAGCCAGAGGAGACCAGGCUGAUAGAGAUUGAUGAAUCCCAGCGCAGCGAGCACACAGUCUUCAUCACACCUCCAGAGCUGCCUCCUCUGGCUGAGGGGGAGGAAUACCCACUCUGCUACAGGUAUGAUGGUUUCCCAGUGUUGAGUCUUGACUUGUUUGACCCAGUAGAGGGCCUGUGGACGCCCUCUUCCCGCUUCGCUGCCAGACACAGCUGUCCUACCAGCCCAGCCCCCAUGUUCAGACGAACCAAACAGGAGAUCAAAUCAGCCCAGAAAAUAGCUAAGAAGUACUCAUCCAUCCCUCAGCUGUGGUCAAAGUGCCUGCUGCGUCACUGUUAUGGCCUGUGGUUCAUCUGUCUGCCAGCGUACGUGAAGGUGUGCCACUCUAAGGUGCGAGCGCUUCGUACUGCUUAUGACGUCCUCAGGAAGAUGCAGACCAAGAAGUUACAACCCCCUGAUGAGGUCUGCUACCGGGUGCUGAUGCAGCUGUGUGGACAGUAUGGACAGCCUGUUCUGGCUGUCAGAGUCCUUUUUGAAAUGAAGAAGGCUGGAGUUCACCCCAAUGCCAUCACCUACGGCUACUACAACAAGGCAGUGUUGGAGAGCACGUGGCCCUCCAGCACCAGAGGAGGAUACUUUCUGUGGAUGAAGCUGAGAAAUGUCAUUCUGGGUGUGGCACAGUUCAAACGGGCUCUGCGAAGACAUGCACCCCUCACCCAAAGCCCUCUGUCAGAUGGCAGCGACCUGGAUGCUGUGAGUCACGGCAGCCUGGAAAGCUCUGCCGACACUAACCUCGGCCCCACUGACGAUAGAUCUAGCACAGUCGGCCGUGGGGGCGGCAGCGUGGGCGCCAGGCCCGUGGUGGCCCAUUCACACUGGGGGGGCUCUGAGCUCAGAGAAGCCACUCUCCACCCAGGAGAUCAGUCAGAUUUGGGUUACAACUCUCUGUCCAAAGAAGAGGUUCGCAGAGGAGAUCCCACUCCAGAGGACUCAGUCCCCGACAAAGAUGACAAGAAGGAGAGCGACUCUAGCUCCUUGUCAGAGACAGAAAGCGCUAAGGGCAGCAAAGACUGCCUCCCCCAGCUGGACAUGGAGAUCAAUUCAUCCUUCAAACCCCGUGGCAUUGUUCGCAGCAGCUACCCAUAUGAUGAUUCAUCCCACAAACCCAAGAGCUCUGCCAGCACAGGCCACGUUGCAGGUCUCCUCUUCACCACCUCCCUGGAUGACAUUGGUGAGGUUCACACCAACAGUUUGCUCAGAAGACAUAGGAGUGCUCUGGAGGAGGUGGUAGGCAGCACCAGCAGCAGCUCCGCUCUGGACUGGCAAGGUGUGAGAAGCCGCCGGCUGAGUGGCGACACUGUGGGAAGCAGCGGCAGUGGAACCACUGUCCUCGGCCUUGGUAUGAGCCAGGGUGAAACUGACCCAGAUAAGAUUGCAGGACACCUAGGGGCAGAUGCCAAAAUCCUCUCCAGUGCUAAUUAUAGCAAGAGUAAGAGGCCUCAUUUGUUGGGUCUUGGCAGGUUAGAGGGAUUAGAUUCUAAGGCGGGCACUUCCAUAAGUCAUGAUCAGAGAAAAGAAGAAGUGGAGGGGCAGGACUCCAGUGAUGAGGACAAGAGUAAUGCAGAGGAUAUUUUUGAUUUGGAGGAUCUGGAUUUGGACAAGCCUACCAUGGGGGCCAAACCUUGUAACAAACCUGUUGAACGCAGCGCCAGCUAUGGUGGAAUUAGCACCGGGAUGUCAAAAGGUUCAAUCAAGCGCACUGGCAUUGAAACAGGCUUUGACCCUCUGUCCCUGCUGGCGGCAGAGUCACAAACGGAGCAGCAGGAUGCUGAUCGGUACCCAGAGGGGGAAGAUACCGCGACGCCGAGUGCCCGCAGAAACCUGGCCAGGGAGAUCGAACUUUACAUGAACCAAAUGGACAGUCCGCUCAGCAGCCGCACCCCCAGUCUGGAUCUGCAGGAUCCAGCCAGCCCCCUCCUCCUCCACCCCUCCUCAAACUCUGUCCACCGCAGAUCCAGCCUCCCCCAUAGCUCCCCCCACAGGACAGUUGGAGUACCACGCUCCCGCACCUUCCACCAAGCCUCACCCUCCCAACCCAUCUCACGCCAACGUCUGUGGUCUUCGCCUCCUGGUCAAAGCUCCAGCACCAGCCCCAGCCCUCGACCCAGCCCCUUCAGGGAGAGAGCUGACAGGAUGGGCCUGGCAUCACCUUCACCCUCCUCUUCCUCGUUCGCUUUGGACACCCUGCUCACUCCAACGCUGGAUGUGUUUAAGACCAGCAUGUUCUCUGCUGGGAAGGGUGUGGCCGAGAAGGCAAGCCGAUGGUAUUCACGUCUCGCCACCUACACCACUCCAGCCAAGGACGGUCACAGCGACCACGCAAGUGUGACUUCUCUUGGUGUUGGAGAUCCAGACUGCUCCUCCCUGCAGGAUGAGGAUGAGUGUGGGGAGUCUGAGUGCUCAGUGGUCUCUCCACAGAAGAAUGGUCCUGCUGGUCCUGUAGGGCCUCGCAGGAGCCCCAGACGCAGUCCACUGCACAACAGGCUGGGAAGCCCCACUGCAGGAUGCAGUCUUGGGAGACCCACAACUCUUCCCGGAUGUGUCCUCUCUCCACCUGGCUUCCCACUGCCAGACAAGUCCGAUCUUGGCUCAUCACGCUACACCAGCAACACCAGCAUUUUCAACAACUACGCCAUGGAGCUGCUGAUCUCCAGCUGUUCUCGCUGUAAGACAUGCGACUGUCUGGUGUACGACGAGGAGAUCAUGGCUGGCUGGACGGCAGAUGACUCCAACCUGAACACCACCUGCCCCUUCUGUGGAAACCCUUUCCUGCCCUUCCUCAACGUGGAGAUCAGGGACAUGCGAGGACCUGGCAGACUUUUUCUGAAAGGCAGUCCAUCAGUGGAUGAGGCCAUGACGUCAUCGUACUCUGCGUCCACAGGUUUAGACACAGGGACUUCCACCUUGUCUACGCCCUGCCCCACAGCUGUCUCCCCUCCGUCCCCUACGAUUGCUGUGCAGGACUGCUCUGGAAGGAACCGGCCAAUCAGGACUCCGGGUAUCAGUAUCCCCACAGAGCGGCGGCAGGGUGGGCUGUCCUCUGGAGCACCCAUGACCCGCAGCGUCAGCACAUUUGGGCCUCUGGAGGAAACAUCCCAAUUCAAUCGCUGCUUGCCGACAUCAGGCAGCCUGCCGACCCGUCUGAACGAAACCACGGACCCACUGAGUAUGGAGUGGCGGCUCCACAACCCUGAGCCGGUGACAGUUCCCUAUCUGAGCCCACUGGUGCUGUGGAAGGAGCUGGAGAGCCUGCUGGAGAACGAGGGAGAUCCGGUGAUCACAGAAGCCGACAUGGUGGAUCAUCAUCCUAUCAUUUACUGGAACCUGGUUUGGUACUUUAGACGGCUGGACCUGCCCAGUAAUCUUCCUGGUCUCAUCCUCACCUCUGAGCACUGCAACAGAGACUCCCAGGUCCCUCGUCACUGGAUGUCUGAGGACAGUAAACACGUGUUAAUCCAGAUCCUGUGGGACAACCUGAAGCUUCACCAGGACCCCAUCCAGCCUCUCUACAUUCUCUGGAACACAUACAACGUGGGUUACCCUCUGUCCCGGCCGGUCCUGGAGGAGGAGAAGCCGUUCAGCGAGGAGCUGCUGCAGGUUGUGGUGAAGAGCAUCCAGAGGAAUGACGUCAGCCGGCCGAUGGCCCAGCUGCUGCAGCUGCUGGGACACACACUCGGAGUCAAAAGACAAAGGAGUUUGUACAGGGACAUCCUCUUCCUCUCCCUGGUGGCUCUGGGAAAAGAUAACAUUGAUAUUGACGCCUUCGAUAGGGAGUACAAGUUGGCGUACGACCGCCUCACACCCAGCCUGGUGAAGCUGACCCACAACUGUGACCGUCCUCCGAGCACGGGCGUCAUGGAGUGUCGCAGGACAUUCGGAGAGCCUUACCUGUAAACGCCGACUGUCACACAGCACGAUCGACUCUCAUCUCCCUCAUCAUCGCUUUAAAACCAGCUCAGGAAACCUGUGUGAAGACUGUGAAGGUGCACUACGGUAAUGUUUGUGGGAACUGUCUGCGACCACAGGGGUACCGUCGACUGUGGUCAGCGUUAUGUAGCCGGACGUUUUACAGACUUCAUCUCAGCUUUGUGACGACAGAAACAACCACUAACAGCGUUCAUAAAAACCGUUUCCUCCA